AUGUCCCGCUUCGGCGCCAAAAAGGGCCCGCGCAUGCCCGGCGCCGAGUUCACCUUCGACGCGGAUCCAGGCCGCGAACCAGUCAACGCUCCCACGCCUCUCUACCCGAAAUACGUCGUCCCCUUCAAUCGGAAAUUAACCCCCCUCGAACAAAAACAGGUAGAUCUCUACCGGGACGCCCGCGCACGGGUUCAUGAAGGACCGUACUACUCCGUCGUCGACGCGGCGUCUUUAACAGCCAAGAAAGGAAGCGCCGCGCGUGCAAACUUCGAUGCCUUCCACGGCAUGCCUACAUUCUCGAGUCGGUAUCUGAAGAAACCGCGGACGCUGCCGAAGAUGAAUGAACGGCCUUAUGAGCAGAGACUAAUGGGUGGACGGACGACAGUCAUGAAACUCUUCCCCCGUGAGCUCUGGCAAACCCUCCAACCAAACUUCCAGCCCGGCGCAACGAUGGACGGCUACGUGCCCCAGAAGCGAGUCGGUCUCAAGCGCGGAUUCGAAGAUGAUGAGGACGAUGCUGUGGAUGAUGCUGCGGCGAAGCGGCGAGCAGCUGGUGGCGGUGGAGAUGAAGAGGAAGUUGAUGCGGACGCGGAUGAGAGGGAUGUUUUGGAUGGAGACGAGGAACCAGAGGAUGAGAUUGUGGACGAUGACUUUGAGGAUGAUGAUGAUGAAAUGGGAGGCGACUAUAAUGCGGAACAAUACUUUGAUGGUGGUGAUGAUGAGUUUGGGGAUGAUGGCAUGAGCAGUCCUCAGCAGUUGCGUUCAGCACUCAUCCUCUAUGGCUCUGAGACCGGCAAUGCGCAAGAGGUGGCUGAGGAAUUGGGGGCCCUGACCGAACGCCUCCGAUUCGCGACGCAUGUGUGCGAGUUGAAUCAGUCCAGCCCGGAAGCGCUGCUCUCCUAUUCCAUCACCAUAUUUGUCGUCUCGACCACUGGCCAGGGUGAUCUUCCUGCGAAUGCGCGGACAUUCUGGAAGUCGUUACUGUUGAAGCGGCUGCCGGCCACAUAUCUGGAGGGAGUCAAUUUUGCCUCUUUUGGACUGGGUGAUAGUUCCUAUCCGAAGUUCAAUUGGGCAGGGCGCAAGCUCUAUAAGAGAUUGUUGCAGCUAGGCGCGAAUGACACUUACCCGCCAGGUGAAGCUGACCAACAACAUCCUGAAGGACUCGAAGGCACAGUCAUACCAUGGAUGGCGGGAUUUCGGAAGCAUUUGCUGGACAGACAUCCGCUUCCCACGGGGCAACAUCCAAUCCCAGAUGAUGUUCAACUGCCGCCGAAAUGGAUCUUACGUCCGAAUGAAGGCGAACCUUGUAGCGCUGCAGAGAACCCCCCAGUUGCAGAGAGAUCCGCUACGCUGCUCCACCUGGACCACGAUACCAGACCCCUUCCACACACUCUCUCUGCCACAUUAGUCGAGAAUCAACGGGUGACGCCACCCAAUCACUGGCAGGAUGUUCGGCACAUCUGUCUGACUGUGCCUGAAUCUGUCUCCUACGUCCCUGGUGAUAUGAUCGCUAUUACUCCCAAGAGUGUCCCGGCCGAUGUCCAAACCCUUAUUGACUUGAUGGGCUGGAACGAGCAAGCAGACCGACUGAUCUCGCUCGUUCCUACUGGAAAUAUCCCAGCACCUCCUCCAAUCCCCGAUCUCGACUCCUACCCCAACCUCACCUUACGCAUGCUCCUCACCGACUACCUCGACCUCAAAGCCAUACCCCGGCGAUCCUUCUUUUCCACAAUUGCACACUACACAAACGAUUCCAUGCAUAGAGAGCGGCUAUUAGAAUUUACCAACCCGGAGUAUCUUGACGAACUCUGGGACUACACGACGCGGCCUCGGCGCAGUAUCUUGGAGGUACUGCACGAGUUCGACUCGGUCAAGAUCCCCUGGGAGCAUGCGGUAUCGGUACUGCCCGUCGUGCGAGCGCGCCAGUUUAGUAUCGCCAGCGGUGGAGAGCGGAAACGUACACCAGGUGGCCACACACAGUUCGAGCUGCUCGUCGCCAUUGUCAAGUACCAGACCGUGAUCAAGCGGAUCCGGGAAGGCGUCUGCACCAAGUACUUGUCCGUGCUGCAGCCCGGCAGCACACUACGGGUGCAGCUCCAACGCGGCGGUCUCAACUCCUCCGUUCAGCAGCUCACCGGCGCAACCGUGCUCAUCGGCCCCGGAACCGGCGUGGCGCCGCUGCGGUCAAUGCUAUGGGAGAAAGCGGCGCUUGUGAAAGCCUACCGCGAGCAGAACCCCGGCGUCGACCCCCCAAUUGGACCUACCAUCUUGUUAUAUGGCGGGCGCAACCACACGGCCGAUUUUUUCUUCCAGGAGGACUGGGAAGAGCUCCGUGGUCUGGUGCAAUUGCAGGUGUUGACUGCCUUCUCCCGCGACCAGCCGCAGAAGGUCUACGUGCAGGAUACCAUCCGGCAGCAUUUCGGGCUGUUCUUCCAGCUCCUGCAUGACAUGGAAGGGUCGGUGUAUAUCUGCGGCUCCUCGGGCCAUAUGCCCCAGGCCGUCCGGGAGGCGCUCAUUGAGACGUUCCAACAUGGAGGCACGUCGGGACAUCCAUUCAAUCGGUCCCAGGCGGAGGAGUACCUGAUCGGAAUGGAGAAGAGCGGGCGGUACAAGCAGGAGACGUGGUAG